AUGACAGCUACCUCAUUGGGAAGACGCCUGGUGACAUGUCUUCUCAAUGUGUCUGAGGCUCGCAGGAAGGACCUGGUGGAAAGUGUGGCCAAGGCGGCCUUGUAUGACUCUCAAGGUGUUCGAAGACAUGGAACUACAGUGUUGAACAUCUUCAAUGACCAUGACUACAACCGAUCUGUCAUCACCAUUGUGGCCAGUAUUGAAUCCAUCCGGGAGGCCGUUUUGUCCGCAUGUGAGAAAGCCUGUGAGCUGUUUGACAUGCGGAGACACUCCGGGCUCCACCCGCGUAUGGGGGCUGUAGAUCUGGUACCCAUUUACCCUCUAGGGGAGGACGUGGGGAUUGAAGACUGCGCUCAAGAAUCUCGUGCCAUCGCUCUGGGUCUCACCCAGCGAGUCCCAGGCACGAGUGUCUUCCUCUUCGGGUGGGCGGAUGCCCCGCUACAUCGUGGGCUGGCGCAGAGGAGGAAAGAGAUGGGGUGGUUCAAGAAGACGGCAGACUUGAAAAGCAUCAAGGCCUGCGUCGGACCUGUGCCGCAGAAAGGUUUUGGCCUCACUGGUGUUGGGGCCAGUCCUUACGUCAUGAACUGCAAUGUCACUAUCGACACUCAAGAUCUAAUAGUAGGACGCCACAUCGCCACCGCCAUCAGGGAGUCCACGCCGGGAGGUCUUCCGGGUGUCCAAGUCUUGGCCUUGCCUCAUGAGGGCACCGUGGAGAUUGCCUGCAAUGUGGAGAGCGUGCCAGGGAGUCCGCCCGAGCAAACGGGCGCGACGGCACCCUGGCCGUCCUUCAGCAUCGGGGGUCGGCCGUACUGUCACGUUCCGGCUUCUCUCAUCACCGCCAGGGUUGCCGAAUUGGCGCUGGGCCACGGGGUCGGCACUAAGGGCACCGCCCUGGUGGGCUUCACCCCCAACGAGUGUCGAGGGUUGGCUGAGUGGGCUCUGUCUCGAGAAAUUGGUGAAUUUUGGAAAGAGCAGCAAAGGGUGCGCAUGUGA